AUGAUGGUUUCAAUUAUAUUGUGGUUGUAUUUGUUGAUACUUCCAGUGUUGGCGAACUAUGGAUUUGACCAAUGGUCAAAUAGCGAUUUAAAGCAAUUCUUGAAAGAAAGAAAGGUUUCAUUUAAUGAGAACUUGGAAAACCCAAAAUUGAUUAGUUUGGCUAAUCAAGAAGCUAAAAAAUUGGAAAAGGAAUAUCAAAAGUUCAUCAAACAGAACCAUGGUCAACAUCAAGAUUCUGAAUUCUUGAAUUUCAAUUAUUUGUUUGGAAACAAGGAUCAUGAAAAAUAUUCUAUUAAGGAGUGGAUUUUUGAAAGUUGGCCAGUAACCAAUUUGCAAAAUUUGUUAUCAAGAAAUGGUAUUUCUUUUAAUAAAGAAGACACCAGACAAGAUUUGAUUGAAAAAAUCAAACAAGAAUUUGACAAAAUUGCUGAAACAAACCAGGGAUCCAAGUUUUACCCUGGAAAUUGGUUAUAUGAAUCUUCAUGGUCAGACGAUGAUUUAAAGAAAUGGUUGACCGAUUAUGGUAUUGAUUUUGAACCUCAAUCUACUCGUGAAGAAUUGAUUGACAAGUUGAAGGAAUUGAGUUACCAGGCUACCAACUCUAUAAAGGACACAAAGGAAUCAUUGUUUAAUUCUUUGGAUUUAUUUGACAAGUCAAUUUUCGACAAGUAUGGUCAAAUAAAGGAUGAAUUUUUUGAAACCUGGAAUUAUAGUCAAUUGCGUGAAUGGUUAUACUUGCAUGGUUUUAUUGACACCAAACCUGGUGUUUAUGUUGAAGAGUUGAACAAAGAUGAAUUGAUCAAGCUUGCUCAGACUUAUAAGAAGUAUAUGUUGAGUGAUAUCCAAACUUGGUUAGCUGACACUGAAAAGGAUUACCAACCAUGGAUUACUAAAGGGGAACAAAGAAAGAAUAAAGCUGAUGAAUGGAUUAAUGACACAUUCUUUGUUGGUAUUAACAAUUGGUCCAAAGAUAAAUUGCGUGAAUUCUUGGAUGUCAGAAAAGUUUCAUAUUCCAUAUUCACCACUAAGCAUCAAUUGAUUGAAUUGGUAAAGAAACACAAGUUUGAUCCAAUUCACGUUGAAACUUACGCUUGGGUAGUUGAUGAUGUUUCCACCGACUCCAUAAAACAAUGGUUGAAGGAUCAAGGUCAGCAAAUUGAAGGGUCCAGACAAGAUUUGGUUUCUGCAUUCCAGAAACAGUUUGAAGGGUUAAAGAAUGGUGCUAGUAAUUUGUACAAUAACAUUGAACUGCAAAUUCGUUUCUAUACUCCAGAUAUCAAUGGGUACAAGCAUUACUUGGAGAAGAAUUUGGAUCCUAAAGAGUAUGAGAAAUUAACUGAAGACCAAAUCCAAAAGGGAUUUGAAGUGGUUCAAGAGUAUUACAAACUGGGAAGUGAUGCGGCCAAGGAAAACUUUGACAAGGCCAAAUUCUCUGCAGCUGAUGCAUUGGAUCAAAUUGAAGAGUCAUCCUAUGCAUACUCUCUUGAGUUUUUGCGUGGUGCUGAAAAGGGAAAGAAUAACAUCGCUGCUUUUAUCAAAGAUGCCCAUAUAUCUAGUAAAAACUAUGUCAAUUCAUUAACCCAAAAGUUGAGUCAAAACAUUGAUGAAUUACAAAGUGGUGCUUUGGAUAGAUUAACCAGAUGGUGGUACGGUGCUCAAGCUACUUAUGACAAUAGAGUUGAUGCUGCAAAUCAAGUGGUACUUGAUGUUAGUGAUGAAGUCAAGAAUUAUCAAGAAAAAGCUGGUGAGCAAUAUGAAUCGCUUAAAUCCCAAGCUUCAAAGAAAGGUCUGUCCAUUGCAAGUGAUGCAAAAGAUGGGUACGACUCCAUUGAAUCUCAAAUCAGCGACCAAUACGAUGAAGCUGCUGCUGAUGUUCAAGCCAAAUACGAUAAAGCUCAAGAGCAUGUUUCCAAACUUGCUGCCGAUGUCAAUUCUCGUGCCUCAGAAGCUCAAAAGGGGUUUGACAAGGGGUAUGUCAAGUAUAAAACUUUCUUUGGCGAAUAUGCUGAAGGUAUCUAUCGUAAAGCUUUGUAUGGAUUGUCAUUAUUCAACAACAAAGUCUACAAAACUGCCAAGAAGACCGAGAAAGGAAUUAACUCUCAGUGGGAUAAUGUUGUUCGAGCAUUCUCCAAUGCAGACUUAAAGGCAUAUCUUAGAUCUUUUGGCUAUAAUUAUGAUUGGCUAUCUCGUUUGAACAGACGAGAAUUGGUCAAUUUAGCUGCUUUCCAGAAUAGAUUAUUUACUGGUUAUGAUAACGUUAAGAGCUGGGAAAGAUCUGUUGGUGAUGUUUUGAGUGAUGCUGGUGAAGACUUGCAAGUUAAAUUGGGAUUGAAAUCCAAACCCCAAGGAUUUGUUGCCAAGUUGAGAUCAUACAUUGGGUUGUAA